AUGGACUCUCACAUCUACCCACUUCCAGCAGGGCUCCACGCCAUCCCCGCUCAUCUUCUCGAUCUGCGUCCAGAUGCUGAAGUCGACCACGAUCUACUUCAUCCCAAGCCCGUCUCCGACGAGAAGAACAUCUGGUUCUUCUGGCACUCCGGGUACGCGCACAUGCAUGCCUACACACGACGCAACAUCCGCGCCUGGCACCGACGCCUCUCCCCACGAGGCUGGACGAUCCGGGUCCUCGACCGCGUGCCCUCGUCGCCCCUCAACGUCGCCAAUUUCCUCGAUAUCACGGACCCGGAAACCUUCCCCCGUGCCUUCGUCGAUGGCACUAUCGGCGGCGACUACGCGCCCCAGCACACGUCCGACCUCGUGCGCUGGCCGCUCCUGCUCAAGUACGGCGGCGUGUACGCCGACGUAGGGCUGAUGCAGAUCGGAGACUUGGACCGGCUGUGGCGCGAGACGGUUGGGAAUCCCGCUUCGCGGUUCGAAGUCCUCUCGUAUAAUGCCGGCGGCGUCGAGGAACGCAGUUUGACGAAUUACUUCCUUGCGGCUGGUCGGAAUAAUCCGUUCUUUGCGCGGUGUCACCAGCUUUUGCUGCGGUUGUGGGCCGCGGACGGCGGCAAGACGAGUACCGAGGGAAUGCACAGCAGUCCCUUGUUGAAGGGGGUUCCGCUGAUGGGCGGCUCAUUCACGAUUGAGGAGGAGGGGAGGAAGAUCGGGGCCGAGGAGGUGAGUAGGAUGUUGACGGAUUAUAUCAUUCAGGGACAGGUGAUGACGAUGGUCAUGGGACUUGUCGACGAAGAGGACGGCUGGGACGGACCAAAGUACGUCGCUGAGCACGUGUACGGCAUCGAAUUCAUGGUGGGUUCGCAGCUCAUCAACGAUAUGACUGCGUGGGACGGGCGGAAGGCGUUCGAUCUGAUGUCGCUUUCGCUUCCGAAAGAAGGCGAGGUGGAAAGCGCAGAGCAGAAGCAGGCAAGGCAGAUCGUCGAGGCGUGCCUGCAGAAGAGUUUUGGGUUCAAGCUGGCCCAUGGGAUGAUCUUAAGGGUUUUUGGAGAUACUCUGGGGUCGUUGUGGAGGAAGCAUGAGGGUUCGGAUGAUGUGCCGGGGACGUAUGCGCAUUGGUUGAGGCAUGGGACUGUGUAUUGGAAUCAGGAUGCGAUUCCGCCUACCUUGGAAUUCAAGGUGAUCGAGCAGUUCAAGAGAGGCCCGUUGUUAAGGGAGAAAUAG